UACCUCAGCUCCACCAGCUGAGCUACAGGAACGAAUAAGCUCUAACCAGCAGCUACAGCCUACAUAUCUGUCGCAUAUAUACGAGUCGGUGGCUGAUCUAGUUGUUAAGGAUUUAUAUGUGAGAAAACUUUUGCGACUGGAUGUUAAAAGACGCAAUUAAGGUGAAUCCAGCGGUGGCGCACGGUGUUGGGAUGAAGAGCGCACCCUCAGGGGGCGGAGGGGAAAAUAUAAACAUGAAGAGGAUGAUGUUCAUAUAGAAACAAUCACGUGGAGAAACUCCAUGUUGUUUUAAAUGCUCACAAUUUAUAGCCUCUGGCUUGUAGGGAGGGGAGAGUAAAACUUGUAUGCGGAGCGGCAGUCUCUCAUUUUCUGAAGCGAGCGGAUGGGACGGAUUAUGGAGGGACCCUUCAGAUUGACAACUAAUGAAAUCUCCAUCUUACUGCCGCUGUAGCGUUUUCUAUCUAUCAUCAUCACCACAGCAUCAUCAUCAGCAUCAUCAUCGUCAGUGCGAGCGGCGCGCACCUCACUUACUCCACAUCCUCGGGGCCACGAGAGAGCAAGGGCGCAAAGAUGAACAUCCAGGUCGUGCCGGAAAACAACCUGUCCUCUAUGGCCCCGUUGAAACAGUUUAACGUGGAGAAAAAGGAAGUGGAGCUGAUCCUGUUGAAGGAGCAGAACGGGGUCCAGUACACGAACUCCUCUAUCGUGGCAUCUCCGAGUUCCCGCGACUGCACCUCCGCAUCUGCGGAUAAUGAGGAAAGGGAGACGUGGGGCAAGAAACUGGACUUUCUGCUUUCUGUCAUAGGCUUUGCCGUGGACCUGGCAAAUGUGUGGAGGUUCCCCUACCUGUGUUACAAAAACGGUGGAGGUGCCUUUUUGAUCCCAUACAUUCUGUUCCUGUUCAUUGCUGGGAUGCCACUGUUUUACAUGGAACUUGCCCUGGGUCAGUAUAAUAGAGAGGGGGCAGCUACUGUUUGGAAAAUCUGCCCUAUAUUUAAAGGUGUUGGCUACACUGUGAUCAUCAUAGCUUUGUAUGUGGGGUUUUACUACAAUGUCAUCAUAGCUUGGUCACUUUAUUACUUAUAUGCCUCAUUGACGAAUGAGCUACCCUGGCUUAAAUGUGGCAACCCGUGGAACAGCCCUAACUGCACAGAUCCAGAACGCAUUAAUGGCACCUUUUUGGGUAACGGGACAACCUACGCCAAAUACAAGAACACACCUGCCGCUGAGUUCUACGAGCGUGGUGUGCUACACAUCCACGAGAGUCGAGGCAUCCAGGACCUGGGACUUCCUCGCUGGGAACUCACCCUCUGUCUGGCUGUGGUUCUCUUCAUCCUCUACUUCAGCUUGUGGAAGGGAGUCAAAUCAUCUGGAAAGGUGGUGUACAUCACAGCUACUAUGCCAUAUGUAGUAUUGCUGGUGUUGCUGAUUCGAGGCAUCACUCUCCCUGGUGCAGCGAAUGGAAUUAGGGAAUAUCUCAGAAUUGACUUGAAGAUGCUUAAUAACCCACAGGUAUGGAUUGAUGCAGCUACUCAGAUUUUCUACUCUCUAGGAGCUGGGUUUGGAGUCCUCAUCGCCUUCGCUAGCUACAAUAAAUUUGACAAUAACUGCUACAGGGAUGCUCUCCUGACCAGCACUAUAAAUUGCAUUACCAGUUUCUUCUCAGGGUUCGCCAUCUUCUCAGUAUUGGGGUAUAUGGCUUAUCAGCACGGCGUUGAUAUAAAGGAUGUGGCCACUGAAGGAGCUGGUCUGGUAUUUAUUAUUUACCCAGAAGCCAUUUCAACUCUACCUGGAUCUACAUUCUUUGCAAUAGUCUUUUUCAUCAUGCUUCUGACCCUUGGGAUUGACAGCGCUAUGGGUGGCAUGGAGGCAGUCAUCACUGGACUCUCAGAUGACUUCAAAUUUCUCAAGAGGAACAGAAAGUUCUUCACAUUCGCGACAGCGUUUGGGACGUUCCUUGUAGCGCUCUUUUGUGUGACUAAUGGAGGAAUUUAUGUGUUGACCCUAUUGGAUAAGUAUGCAGCAGGGACAUCCAUUUUGUUUGGGGUGCUGAUUGAAGCUAUUGGAGUGUCAUGGUUCUAUGGCGUCGACAGAUUUAGUGAGGAUAUCGAACGCAUGAUGGGCUUUAAACCAGGAAUCUACUGGAGGGUUUGUUGGAAGUUCAUCAGUCCAGUCUUUCUACUGUUGGUGGUGAUCGCCAGCAUCGUUACCUCAAGCGAUUUGAAAUACGAUGAGUACACUUUUCCAUACUGGUCCAAUGUGGUUGGCUGGUCCAUAGCUUUGUCCUCCAUGCUGUUUGUACCCCUUUACGCCAUCUACAAGAUCCUUAGUAUGCCAGGCACUUUAAAGGAGAGGAUAGCAUACUGCAUUACUCCAGAACAUGAACAUCACAUGGUGACCGAGGGCAAUGUCAGACAGUUCAAGCUGAAACAUUGGUUAGCCAUCUGAUGGGAGGGAGGCCGGUGGGAAAUCUUCAAAAAUGCUACUUGAAUGCUGUAGAAGAUAUGGUGUGUGAAAGAGAAAGGUUUCUUAUUGUAUGAAAAGGGUCCUCUAAGAAAAAGGACAGAAUUGAAGUUGGAUUUGGGCUUUUCUCAACAACACACUGUCCAGACUGCUCCAUUUGUGUUCAGUGGUUGACUUGACCUAUAUUGUAGGCCAAAAUUAAUGUUGCACUUGUAUUUUUUUAACCAUACACUACAAGUUAAUCUCACACCUUUGGAAAACCUCAAACUUUUCAAAACACAAUUUUUUUAAUAAUCCAGGUAUUUUCCACUUUUAUGAUUUAUAAAAUUAUGUUAUACCUUAAAUAUUAAAUAUAUCCGUAUAAGUGGACGUGACAUGAUGACCAACGCUAUAUUUCAUAGAGAGAGUUGUUGAAGAUUAGGUAACACACACUAAGAAAUGGAAACGCCCUUGAUAUUCGAGAUCUCUCGCUUGAUACAGCAAGCUUUGAGGGUUUUAAGUCAUUGAUAUGUUUUGAAAUCCAGCUGUGGGUUCUCUACCUUGUUUUCCAAGAAUGGUUUGGUUGUACAGCUGGCUUGCAUCAAGAGUCCACCAGGAUUUAUCUGAAGCACAUCUUUCCUUUUCUGACACACCUUACAAAGCAGACAUACACCACUGUGUCAGUGCCUUAUCUAGUCAUAAACUUCCUGUCAUUUAGCCACUCGUCCUUAAGUAGAGAGUGCAGGGACGCAUAACGUUGAGCAGAGAGCCUCAACUAUCUAAUGCCAAGGGAACUUUAUAGUUUGAAAAUAAACUGAGGCUGAUUCCAAUGAGCUUAAGAGCUCAUCCGCUAUUAUUUCAAUAUUAGGUAAAAGGGAUUUUUUUCUUUCUUUGUUUUGUAAGUCUGCUCAGUGGAUCAACAUUAAGCUUUAGUGAGUUAUGGCCUUGGCUCUGAGAAACAAUUAUUACACUAGCAAAUGUUACUACAGGACAAAUAAGCCACAGUAUCAUUCAAGAGUAAAUAAUAUUACAUGUCAAAAACUUUUAUGCCUCAUUCAUAUUAUUAUCUUAUCUUAUUAAAUCAUUUUAUUACUGAUUUAAAAUCAGUGAAUCAAACACAGAACUCUGUAUAUUAAAACUGGGGAAGUUUAAAUGAAUGUGUAAAGCUUUACCCCAAAUGGGGUUUCUAUUUGACAUAAAAAUUGUUUAUUAAAAGUCUUUACUUUCUAGCGAUAAAGUUAUUUAAUGAAAAUGUCAACAGUUCCGAUUCAACAUUUUGUUUGCAAUACACUGACAACUGCAGUUUAAUAACUGAGCUUUUGUGGUACAGAUCCAUUACAGUGUGGUCUGUUUGUACAAGUUUUAUGAGUUUUGUGUGUCUUCUAGUUCACCUAACAGAUUAUGUCUCAUAAUUUCAAGUACCUGUCAAGAUCAAUGAUCCUUCUGACUUAUGUGCUGACAUGACGCACAGUGGGGUUCUUGUUUGAAGGAAUGUUUCGCUAACAUUUUUAAGUGCCAAAAUUAACCCCUAUUAUGGCAUCUCUGUUAGUUUGCGUUUUAUUUAUUUGUGAAGAAUCCUUUCAAAUAAACGAAACAAAAAAAAAAUGUAUUUAACACAUGGUCACCGGUUGGACGCAAACAACGUACAACAUGUGGAUUAUGAAAUAUAAAGAGAUUCAAAUAUAUUCUUUUGUUAUAUAUCUAAUAUUAUAUGUAUCAAAUCUUUAUAAAAUGUGAAUGUACACCAUUUUAAACAUAAAGUGUCUACUGUUAUAUCAUGCUGUGUGAUGUCGGUAAGUAUUCAGAAAUGUAUUAUUCUGUGUAAUCGGGGGUGACGUAGCCACAUGAAUGUAAACGGAGCAGCUCUGGCAUUUCUGAGCAAUGCUUACAAAAUGUGUAUAAAUACAAAUAUGUACUUUUGAUUGUGAGUAUAUAUAAAGAUAUGCACAUUAUAAUAAUAAAGCCCUUUCCAGUACACAUACAGAUAGAAA